CUGCUCUGCUUCCAGUGUGUCGUUCCCAUUGGUGCCAUGGCAGCGGUCAAAAGCAUCAGCAAGAAGACGGAGUUCGACAGCUGUUUGAAGCUGGAAAAGCUGGUGGUGUUCUACUUCUCAGCCAGCUGGUGUCAGCCAUGCCAUUUGAUGGCACCGAAAUAUGCGGAGUUGGCCAAUUUACCAGAAUUUGUGAAUAUCGACUUCGUCACCGUGGACAUCGAUGAAGCCGAGGAGAUUGCCGAUGCGGCUGGCAUCGAUGCAGUACCCACCUUCCAAAUCUUCCGCGGCGACGCGCAGGUGGGUGAGGAACUCGUGGGAGCGGAUGAAGUGAAACUGAAAGAUCGAUUGAAGGAAGCGAUUCGGCAGAAUGCUGCUGCAUGAGUCACGUGGUGAUUCGGACGCUUCGUGUGGAAAGUGACGGCAUGUUUAGGUCUAGGGGAGUCUAGGGUCCCAUGGGGAAUGUGAG